CAGGUACUCCCCUUUGAUCGAGUUCUUCCUGCAAAUACCCUUGCUCAUUAGAAAGUUUAUCAUCUACAGUCUAGAGAUGGCAAACAUCAUAGUUGUAUUUCCUAAUAAACGGAUUGUAGAGACUGUUUUGUGUUUCUCUAUCUUUCUUUUCUGUUACCUUCCGACAGCAUUUUGUUCUGGAUUUCUGCAGAAGCUUUAUCUUCCAGUUCCUGGCCCCGAGUCCUAUGCAUUCGAUUCUGCAGGUCGAGGACCAUACGCAAGCCUUGCAGAUGGAAGGGUUUUCAGAUAUCUAGGGCCUGCCGUUGGCUUUGUCGAGUAUGGAUACACCAAAGCAGAUAGGCCUAGGCGCUUUUGUGAUGGCACUAAUAGAACGGAUAUAUCACAAAUCUGUGGGAGGCCAACGGGCUUGGGGUUGUACUACAAGACUGGUGAGCUCUUCCUGGGAGAUGCUGAUCUAGGCCUUGUUGUCAUACCGUCUGGAGGAGGUCCUGGAAUUCAACUUGCCUCCAGUGCAGAGGGAGUGAGAUUUGGCUUCCCUGAUGGCCUUGAAGUUGAUCAAGCAACUGGAAUGGUCUACUUUACUGAUGCAAGUUCCCGCUACAAUCUCAGUCAAAUUAAUAAUAUAGUUUCCAAUCGAGAUGCAACGGGAAGGUUACUAAAGUACGAUCCAAGAACGAAAAACGUUACGGUGUUGCUCAGGGGACUUUCAGGGGCAGCUGGGGUGGCAAUCAGUGAGGAUGGCUCAUAUCUUCUUGUUACGCAAUUUGUGAUAGGGCAAGUUUCGAAGUAUUGGUUGAAGGGUCCGCUGGCAAAUACAGCAGAAGUUUUGGUAAACAUGACAGGAAUGCCGGAUAAGAUCAAGAGGAACACUAAGGGAGAGUAUUGGAUUGCAGUAACUGUUACAAGCAAAAAUUCAACACAACUUCAAGGACAAAGGAUCGAUGGAGAUGGAAAUAUCUUGGAAACACUAACAUUUAGCCCUGAUUUUGAUUCGUCAUUGAUCACAGAAGUUCAAGAGUAUAAGGGUGCACUAUAUUUAGCUUCUCUAUAUGUUGGAUAUGUCGGGGUAUACAGGUGAUUUCCGUAUAAUGUCAAGGUUCCAUAAGAGGGGAAUUAGAUAUGGAUGUUAAGUUGGAUCGAUCCUCUGUAUAUGUGACAUCUUGUAAUGCCAUUUGAGCUGAAAUCUGUAA